AUGGAGGACAGGGGGGAGGAGGAGGAGGACAGCCUCCGGCGCGGUACGGGCCGUCGGUUGAGCCGCCUGUUGGCGGCCAUUUUGUGGCUAGACGCCAUUUUGUCGUGCGGUGGACAACGGCCGCUCAUCAACGCCGGCCCGAAGAAGCGCGACCUCUACAUUGCCGGGCUCUUUCCUUACGCGUCCCACGUGCCCGAGAGCAUCGUCGGACGCGGCGUCAUGCCAUCCGUCAAACUCGCCGUCGAUCACAUCAACGAGAACGCCAACAUACUGAGGAAUUAUCGGCUGCACAUGUGGUGGAACGACACCCAGUGUAACGCGGCGGUCGGAGUCAAGGCCUUCUUCGACAUGAUGCACAGCGGUCCGCACAAAGUCAUGCUCUUCGGCGCCGCCUGCACCCAAGUCACGGACCCCAUUGCCAAGGCCGCCAAACACUGGCGUCUCACGCAGCUGAGCUACGCGGACACGCACCCGAUGUUCACCAGCGACAACUUUCCAAACUUCUUCAGGAUAGUGCCGUCGGAGAACGCCUUCAACGCGCCCCGCGUCACCCUCCUCAACAACUUCAACUGGACCCGGGUGGGCACGAUAUACCAGAACGAGCCCCGAUACGCCCUGGCGCACAACAGACUGGUCUCGGAUUUGGACCAGAACUCGAUCGAAGUCGUCGAAAGCCAGAGCUUUGCCACGGAAGUCGCGUCGGCUCUGGAGAAGCUCAAAAAGAAGGACGUCCGCAUCAUCCUCGGGAACUUCAACGAGGUCUGGGCUAUGAAGAUCUUUUGCGAAGCCUACAGACUGAAAAUGUACGGUCGCAAGUACCAGUGGGUCAUCGUGGGCAUGUACACGGAAAAGUGGUGGCUCAGCCCGGACGUCAUGUGCGCACCCUCGGAGCUCCAGGAGGCGCUGCACGGCACCAUCCUCACGGACCUGCUGCCCCUAUCGACCGAGCGCCAGAUCACCGUCUCUGGAAUCACGCCGGACGAGUACCUGAAGGAGUACGACGCGCGCCGGGACUCCGAGUACUCGCGCUUCCACGGCUACACGUACGACGGCAUAUGGGCGGUGGCUCUGGCGAUUCAGCACGUGGCUCGACGAAUACGCCACUUCCGGCGGAACCAGACGGUCGCCGAUUUUCGCUACAGGGACGAGCUCUGGGAACGACUGUUCCUCGAGGCGCUUAGGAACACGAGCUUCGAAGGUGUCACCGGUCCCGUGCGCUUCUACGACAACGAAAGAAAGGCUUACAUCCUACUCAAGCAGUUUCAAAGUGGCAACGGCGAGGUCAAGGUCGGCGAGUACGACGCGAUCAGCAAAACGUUGGAUUUGUCGAGGGGCGAGCCCUUGGUUUGGCGCGGCAAGUACCCGCCCAAGGACAGAACGGUCCACCUGAUCGAGCACUCGACGGUCAACAUAUCGAUCUACGUGCUUCUGGCCUCCGCCGCGAGCAUCGGCAUCGUCAUGGCCGCCGUGUUCCUCGCCAUCAACAUCAGGUAUCGGAAUCAGAGGUACAUAAAAAUGUCGUCGCCCCAUCUGAACAACCUCAUAAUCGUCGGGUGCAUGCUCACCUACAGCAGCGUCAUCUUUCUGGGCUUGGACUCGCAGCUGUCGAGCGUCACGGCUUUCCCGUACAUAUGCACGGCUCGGGCUUGGCUCCUCAUGGCCGGCUUCUCCCUGGCCUUUGGCUCCAUGUUCUCCAAGACUUGGCGCGUCCACUCGAUAUUCACCGACGUCAAGCUCAACAAGAAGGUCAUCAAGGAUUACCAGCUGUUCAUGGUCGUCGGGAUACUAUUGUUCAUCGAUCUCGCGAUAAUGACGACCUGGCAGGUUGCCGAUCCUUUCUACCGGGAAACCAAGCAGAUGGAGCCCUACUUGCACCCAUCGAGCGAGGACAUUGUCAUAUUCCCGGAGAACGAGUACUGCCAGAGCAACAGGAUGACCAUAUAUUUGGGAUGCAUAUACGCUUACAAGGGUCUUCUGAUGAUAUUCGGCGCUUUUCUGGCCUGGGAGACGCGACACGUGAGCAUACCAGCCCUUAACGACAGCAAGUACGUCGGCAUGAGCGUCUACAACGUCGUGAUAAUGUGCAUAACCGGGGCUGCGAUAAGCUUCGUGUUGGCCGACAAGCAGGACGCCAUGUUCAUCAUGUUGUCGGUUUUCAUCAUAUUUUGCAGUACCGCCACGCUGUGCCUCGUCUUCGUGCCCAAGCUCAUAGAGCUGCGGAGAAAUCCUCAGGGCCAAAUAGACAAGAGAUUCCGACCUACGCUGAAGCCGAUGUCGAAAGCGCGGAGGGAUUCGAGCAUCAGCGAGUUGGAGGACCGGCUGAAGGACGCGACGGUUGCCAAUCAAAAGUUCAGGAAAAAACUCCAAGACAAGGAAUCGGAGCUCGAUUUGUACAUGAGAAGACUGGGCGAUGAAGGGAGCAUUUCCGGGGACACGCAGACUGCCAUGGACAGGUUGACCGUUCCGAGGCACGAGGCGCCAACGAUCAGGAGAGAAGAGCUCACAGUCCAGCGGCAAAGCACGCAAAAUUUCAAAGGGCCGUCGGUGACCACGGAAACUACCGACGUCUCGAUGUCCAUGUGCAGCCUCAACUCGACGACGAACGUCUCGCAGCUCGAAGGGGACUACGUGAACGUGAGCACUUUGGAGCAACAGGCCGCCAAAAAAAAGACGUCCUUCUCGAGGAGCCUGGGUAUAAUCGAGCCGAGCGAGCGCAGCACCGGCCUGCCCCACCAGCCGCUACCCUCGGCCCUGAAGCAGCCAUCCUCAGCCGAGGUGUCGACCCUCGGGCGCAGGGCACGCAUAGCCCAGCCGGAGGCCCCGGCCCGGGCACCCAACGGACGAGUCGCCACCGAGUACGUCGAGGAGAGCCACUCGAACGAGGAGAGCGACACCGGCUCGCCCCAGCAUGCCCCGUCGAGGCGCUCCCGCCAACCGACCCCACCGCCACCGGCCAAAAACGUCUCCUUCGGCGAGCUGCACGAGCAGACGACGGACGCCUGCCACCAGCACAACCACCGGCCACAAGGACCGGGUCAAUCGUCCCUGAAGCGACGCGCCUCGGCCAAGGGCGCCGAGCUCGCCCGCUCCCAGCACGAGCUGUUCGAGCGCCGGCGCACCAGCGUGCCCGCCAACUCGAUCAGCUACAUAUCGACGGAGAACGUGGCGCGCGUCGCGUACGAGGACACCCUCGGCACCCUGCCCCGGGUCUGCGGGCACGCCAACGACUGCGGGCACAAGCGCGCCCUGAGCUUCGGCACGGGCUACAGGUGCGAGAAACACGGGGGUACCGGCGGGCCGGCCGGCGUCGCCGGUAAUGCCGGCCGGACGCACCUCCACGGGCCCGCUCUCGUCCUCAAUGGCUCGGCCGACGUGCAGCCUGGAGGUGGCGGCAAGCCGACGAGGCACCGGCACCACGACCAGCCAAGGAACGCCAGCUCGCCGAGCGUCGCCCUCGCCGGAAGCUGCUCCUCCGACACGGAACGCCGUGAGGAGAGCGGGGUCUUGGUCAGGAGUAUGCAGCGCUCGGUGUCGGAGCGCUCGCGGGAACAGCAGCCGAGGCAGCAGCACCACCACCACCACGAGCAGCAGCACCAUCAGUUGCAUCGGGGGCAACGGGGCCACCCUGCGUCCGAGUGUCCCCACCGCGCGGCAGCAAGGCGCUCGCGCGACUGCGCGCACCGGCACGCCGGCCUGCACCAUCCCGGCGAGGCCCGGCCCAACAAGCUGCGCCAGCAGGCCAGCCGGCUCGAGCACGUCCAGAGCACACCGGACGUAGCCACGAUUCACAACAACAAGUUCGGGAGCUCCUUGAACCCGCGCUCGGCCGCCACGGCUCGGGGCACCCGGGAGCACGGCCAGCCGGGCUCCUCCAGCAUGUACAGCGCCGUGUCGGACGGCGAGCUCCUCGACCUCACCAUACUGCCGAUUUUCCAAAAAUUGCUCACCGAGCGCCACAAGAGCACCACCAGCCGGUACGGCGCUAGUGUCGCCAGUUGUCCCAACAUCUCCAUCAAGUGCGACAUUGUCGAGUACCUGUAACCCAACCCUACCCCCAGCUUCUGCCUCCUCCUUUCAGCGGGUCUGCUUGUGUACACCUGUACCGGUGAUGAAAGAGUUUUCUUGGGGUGUACACACGGCACCUGUACACCCACAGUCAUCGUUCGGCAGUUUUUUUUU